GUACAGUUCUAUACUAGGCUUCACAUUAAAUGAAAAGAAUUUACUCUAUGAUACCCUGAGAUCAGCUCCAUCAACCACCUGAGCAUGUUUUUCCACCAAACAAAACAGUUGAGCUCACCUGCAAUUCCUCAACUCUCACUGGGCAAGAGUAUCAAGAUCCUAUUGGUUGAAGAUGUGAAGAUUAAUAGGAUGGUGAUGAGGAUGAUGGUGAAGAGUCUAGGAUUGGAGAUGGAGGAGGCUGAGGAUGGGCAGAAGGCUGUUGAUUAUUUCGUGGGAGGCAAGAAAGCUGAUGUUGUUCUCAUGGACAGGGACAUGCCCAUCAUGAAUGGGCAUGAGGCGACGAGGCAGCUCAGGUCGAUGGGAGUUGAGACGCCAAUUAUAGUGCUGUCAGCGGAUGAUUCUCAGUCCAACAGAGACGUUUUCUUACAGGCAGGAGCUGAUGAGUUCCUCCAGAGCAAGCCUCCAUCAAGAAAGGAACUGGUGGAUGUCCUGACUAAAUAUGGAUUAUACUGAAGCUGCUGACAAUAAUUAGGUUGAUGUAAUGGUGGAGAGGAGAUCAGUUUCAGAGAUGAAAAGCAUCAAUUUGCAUGUGUUCUCUGUUUUCAUAGUAGUCUAGAAUAUAUAUGUAUGGGUGUUGAUAAACUUUGGGUUUGAUGA